GUAGGUAUGUUUCUCCCCCAUAGCAUGCUUUUCAAGCAGCUGCCUUCAUUCUGGGCCAAAAGAAACUUCCUGGAAGCUCAUUGGCCCAAGAGUAAGAAAAUGGUUGCUUAGCAACCAAAUCCUGACCACCCCCCACACAAACCUGAAAAGAAGAAGCUUGUGGGCCAGCCACCUAGUUCUGCCUGCGUUACACUGAGCCGGAGCUGCUUAGAAAAUGAAGCCAUUGUCCAUGUUAAUAGAGAUAUUGAUAAUUCUUGGGGUCACGAUUAAAAAUAUCGAAGCAGAAAGAUAUAAUAAAAAGCAAAAAGAAAGAAAUGUCACUACACAGGUAUCAGUGAAUGAAAUUAAACAGUUUUUAUCACAUAUAUUGGAACGAAGAAACUUGGUUAAAGUAAUCAAUAAAAGAGAAAGUGUCUUUGAAAAAAAGAAGAAUCAACGUAAAUUAAGAAUAAAAGGAAUUCAAAAUAAAGAUCUCUUGAAAAGAAAUCAAAAUUAUUUAAAAAAGCGAGCAAAGAAAAAUUUCACAGAUGAAGGAGACCAGCUAUUUAAGAUGGGCAUCAAGAUUCUCCAGCAAUCUAAAAGCCAAAAACAAAAAGCAGAAGCCUACAUAUUCUUUGCCAAAGCAGCUGACAUGGGACACUUAAAAGCUAUGGAGAAAAUGGCUGAUGCUUUGCUAUUUGGAAAUUUUGGCAUGCAAAACAUAACAGCAGCUAUUCAAUUAUUUGAGUCCUUGGCUCAAGAAGGAUCAUGCAAAGCCCAAAACGCAUUAGGAUUUUUGUCUUCUUAUGGAAUAGGAAUGGAAUAUAAUCAAGCCAAGGCACUGAUAUAUUAUACCUUUGGAAGUGCUGGAGGAAGCAUGAUGUCCCAGAUGAUUUUGGGGUACAGAUAUUUAUCAGGAAUCAAUGUUCUACAGAAUUGUGAAGUUGCCCUAAAUCAUUACAAGAAAGUGGCAGAUUAUAUUGCUGACAAAUUGGAAAAAAAUGAAGGUAUUCCAGUGGAAAAAGUGAGACUAACUGAGAGACCUGAAAAUCUGAGUUCUAACAGUGAGAUUCUGGAUUGGGACAUAUACCAAUACUAUAAAUUUUUGGCAGAAAGAGGAGAUGUUCAGAUACAAGUAUCUCUUGGACAAUUACAUCUAAUUGGGAGGAAAGGUCUAGAUCAGGAUUACUAUAAAGCAUUAUACUAUUUCUUAAAGGCAGCAAAGGCCGGGAGUGCAAAUGCCAUGGCAUUUAUAGGAAAGAUGUAUUUAGAAGGUAAUGAUGCGGCACCACAAAAUAACGCUACUGCGUUCAAAUACUUUUCCAUGGCAGCCAAUAAGGGCAAUGCAAUUGGUCUUCAUGGGCUUGGUCUUCUUUACUUUUAUGGGAAAGGAGUUCCUGUGAACUAUGCUGAAGCACUUAAAUACUUUCAGAAAGCUGCAGAGAAAGGAUGGCCCAACGCACAGUUUCAAUUAGGCUUCAUGUACUACUCUGGCUCUGGAGUAUUGAAGGAUUAUAAACUUGCCUUCAAAUAUUUUUACUUGGCAUCUCAGAGUGGGCAGCCCCUCGCCAUUUAUUAUCUGGCCAAGAUGUAUGCGACAGGAACAGGAGUGUUAAGAUCGUGCAGAACUGCUGUGGAGAAAAGGCUAAAAUUAUUGAAAAAGAGAAAAUGUAUCCAAUGGCACUUCUCCUAUGGAAUCGAGCUGCCAUUCAAGGACAUUCACUUGGCUAGGAGAUUGUAUGAUAUGGCUGCUCAAACAAGUCCUGAAGCGAACAUGCCUGUGUUACUUGCCCUCAUAAAACUGGAAACUGUGCAUUUCCUCCGAGAUGUCCUGUUUUUUAAUUUUACAAUGAUAUGGAAAUGGAUAAAAUUGGACAACACCCUUGGACCAUACUGGGAUUUAUUUAUGAUUGGCUUAAUUGUUGCUGUGCUGAUCUUCUUACUUAGAAAUCGUUUUGGAUAGGAUCUGGACCACAAGAAAACCUGCUCAUGGGAACCAGUUCACUCCAAGGUAUCCUCACUAAAUAAAGAAUUUCCUUAUCAAAUUUGAGUCUGCUGCAGAUUUCCCACACUGGCCUGUGAUGGAAAAUGGACAAAGCUUGGGACCUGUCCUCUGAGAAACCAUUUCAGACUUCUUAGGGGGCUGGGAACUGAUCACCUAAGACUUUAUUACAAACUUGUCAUCUUGAUGAUCUUGUUCUGAGUUUGGGAUAAAGACCACCCAUUUUCAUGUUGUUAUAACAACCUUUCAAGAGAACAAAUGGGUAUCUUGGCUCCUACAGAUAUACUGAGGUAGGGCAUAGGGGGAGUUCUGGAAGGGCAAGAACACAGAUCCUUCAGAAUCUGAUAAAGACAAAAAUUUCAAAUAGACCCUCCAUCAUGUGGGAAUAAUCCUACGAACCACGUCAUGACCCUAAUGAGCAAAAGCUCCUUGUGGCAUUGUGUGCCAGAGAGACCAACUUGGACUCCUUGCCAAAUGGACUUCUAUCAAAACUGUUAGCAACUGUGUAGCAAACAACAUCAUUUGGGGUCUGUUCAGCAAUUGCACCCCUCUCUUCCAUUCCUUUUUGGAAUCUUAUUCUAUCUGGGGAAUUCCCUUAGAGGGAGAUGGUACCAGCCUCCUGGGACAGAAGCUAAAGGGUCCGGAUCUUUAUCUUCGACAGGCAAAGCAGGGCCAGGGAGGCUGGUGGUAGGGCGGGUGGGCAGAGUGAAGGAGUCCCAUGACUCAUGUCGAGGGCCAGGCUUGGAUCUCAGUUCCACAUUUCUUUAGCUUUUCGAUCUCAGUUU